AUGGCGUCGUCUGAGAACCGUCCGCUGCUGCUCGACGUCAACGCGCUCAUGGCGCUCGGGUGGCCCAACCACCAGUUCCACCGGGCCGUGGUGGGCCGGCUCGAGCGCCGGCCCGCCGCCGGCUGGGCCACGUGCGUGCUCACCCAGCUCGGUUUCGUACGCCUCUCGUCGAACCCCGCCGUCGUGGGCGUGCGCCGAACGCCCGCCCAGGCGCUCGAUGUGCUCGCCAGGCUGGUUCGCGACCGCCGGCACCGCUACGUGGAGCCGCUUCCGCCCCUCCGGCAGGUGGAGACACACUUCGGACAUCUGCUUGGGCACCAGCAGGUGACGGAUGCCUACCUGCUGGCGGUCGCCGUCACCAACAACGCCACGCUCUUGACGCUCGAUCGGCGCCUGGCGCCCCUCGCGGCCACGCGCGCCCACGUCGAAGUCAUCAUGCCCUGA